AUGUACUUGAGAAGACUUCCUAACGGCGUCCAGCUGUAUGACCUGCAGCGAGGUGGGGCCGACGUGGAUGCGUCGGGCCAGCCGUGGUACCCGCGCAGGGGCUUGGGGCAUGUAGACGGCGAAGGGGGGAAAUUAGAUGCUGCAAGACGCGGUAGCGGUUUUGGAGAAGAUUUCAAGGCACAGAGUAACAAGUACACCAGUAGCACGAGGAAAAAUCUUCAUCCUUCCGCCUCAUAUCAGAAUAAAUUGGAGUUGUAUAGUAGGGACCUACUAGCAUGACGUGUGUAGUACAUAUUGCACAAGAAUAAAUCAUUCUGAUUAUAAUCCUGCCGGCAGAUAAUUCUGAUUGAGCACUAUGGGGAUGGCGGUGGUUCUUUUUGCCUAGGAUAACGAAGGAGUUUUGCGAACUCGACUCGGACGGCGACGGCAUGACCAAUGGCCUCGAGCUCGGCGACCCGUGUUGUGAAUGGGAUCUUGCGACGUACGGGGAUGCAACGGAUUUAUGGCCCGGCGGCCGGACCGAUCUGUCGACCUUGACGCAGCCCGGCUUGGCGGACGAGAAAAGUGUCGUGGACGCGCAAAACGCACUGUACGGCAAGGCGGUGGUGUGCACCACGGAGACGGACCAGGGUCUCGGAGCGGCAGCCGCGGAGGGCACGGAGAGCACGCAAGAGCAGGGCGGCGGUGCGGAUAGUGGAGAUUGGGCGGACACGGGUACUAGUGGCGGAAACGAGGAGCAGGGCAGCAGCGACACCAAGGGAGGGGCCGGGGGCGCAGGCGACACAAAAUCAAACUCCAGCUCGAAGAACGAAGGCGGCGGCGGUUUCUUGUGCUGCUAA